CUUCCUAAAUGCUAAAAGUAAUUAUAGCUGGAAAAAAAAAAUAGACAUCAAUAUUGAUUAUGAAUUAUCAUUAAUUCACAAAGGCUUUCAACAGCAGAGACCGGAAGUCCUGCCUCUGUGUAUUCCUCCUGGCUUCACGGCGGUGCGCAUCUCACCGACCGGGAAUACCGAUUUCUGAACAUUUCGGCCUUUUCCCCCGCUGCACCGUAAGCUGUGUUUUCCUGCGAGCUGCUGCAAAGGGGAGAGGGUUACCGGCGGAGAGGGGGCAUUGUACCGGGCAGGGUUCUGACAGAGGGAGAUGACACUCUUCCAGAAGGAACCGUGUUUGUUUUGUAUGGCGAAAUGAGGCAGGGGGUGGAGAGACGCCACAGAGACGCUGGGCUCCGGCCAAACAUCUCCGCAUUUUAGCACUUAUUCGAUGCUCGGGAUUUGCAUUGCAUUGCAUUUGCUGCAUCGUUGAUCGGCCAUAUUUCUGCAAAGUGCAUGGUGGAAAAUGCAGCUUGUUUGAGGACAUCCCCCCUCCAGAUCCCCGUUGCUGCCAUGACAGGCAGACGUCUCCCCUCGACCGCGGCUCGGCCGGCUGGAGAAGAGGCAGAUUGAUUCGGGACGGUGGGUCGCAUCUGCGGAUGUUAUUCGGUCUGUGGAGCCUGUGAUUAUCAUCCGCGCAAACACACCUUGAUUCUCACUCAGGGAAAGAGGAGAGAGAAAACAACAUGUCUUCUCGGUCUGCAUUACCGUCUGGAAACGACAGGAGUACUGGAGACCAUCAUGUGUCGCUGGGGGCCAGUCGCUCAGACAAGGCCACCAGCCAGUCCAGCCGCUCGCUGGGGGCCCGGAGCAGGAUCUCCAUCGCCUCCUGCUCCGACGAGCAGCCGCACGUCGGCAACUACCGCCUGCUCAAGACCAUCGGCAAGGGAAACUUUGCCAAGGUCAAGCUGGCCCGCCACAUCCUGACAGGCAAGGAGGUUGCAAUAAAAAUCAUUGACAAAACUCAGUUGAACCCAACCAGCCUUCAAAAGCUCUUUCGGGAGGUACGAAUAAUGAAAGGCUUAAAUCACCCUAACAUAGUACAGCUGUUCGAGGUGAUUGAGACGGAUAAGACCCUUUACCUUAUCAUGGAGUACGCCAGUGGAGGUGAAGUGUUUGACUACCUCGUGUCUCAUGGGAGAAUGAAGGAGGUUGAAGCCAGAGCCAAAUUUCGACAGAUUGUUUCUGCUGUCAACUACUGCCACACGAAGAACAUUGUCCACAGAGAUUUGAAGGCGGAGAACCUUCUGCUGGAUGCCGACGCCAACAUCAAGAUUGCCGACUUUGGCUUCAGCAACGAGUUCACGCUGGGCAACAAGCUGGACACGUUCUGUGGCUCGCCGCCCUACGCCGCCCCGGAGCUCUUCCAGGGGAAAAAGUACGAUGGGCCCGAGGUGGAUGUCUGGAGUCUGGGGGUCAUCCUUUACACGCUGGUCAGCGGCUCGCUGCCUUUUGAUGGGCAGAACCUGAAGGAGCUGAGGGAGCGUGUUCUGAGGGGGAAGUACCGCGUUCCCUUCUACAUGUCCACAGACUGCGAGGGGAUCCUCCGCCGGUUCCUGGUGCUCAACCCCUCCAAACGCUGCACCCUAGACCAAGUCAUGAAGGACAAGUGGAUUAAUGCAGGGUAUGAGGGGGAAGACCUGAAACCCCACAUAGAACCUGUGGAAGAUUUCAGUGACGCAGCUCGCAUAGAGGUGAUGGUGGGGAUGGGCUUCACUCCAGAGGAGAUCAAGGAUGCUCUGCUUAAUCAGAAAUACAAUGAAGUCACUGCCACCUACCUACUACUGGGCCGCAAAGGCGAUGAGGCCAGUGAGGCCCGCACAGCCAGCAGCCUGUCCCUGGCCAGAGUACGACCCAGCCCCAUCACCAACGGGACCAACAAGCACUCUUCAGCCACCGGCACCUCCUCCUCCUCCUCCACCUCCUCCUCCUCACAUAGCAAGACUCAGCGCAGUGCCUCCACCUAUCACAGGCAGCGGCGACACAGCGACUUCUUCCUCCACAACAAAGGCGGGCCGUCCAUGCCCGUCAUGCACCCCAAGAGGAGCCCCACCAGCACGGGGGACCGCGAGCUGCGGGAGGGCCGGAUGCCUUCACGUAAGGCCAGCUGCAGCGUGAUGGGGAGCCACAGCCUCCCCCCCUCCAGCCCCAUGGUCAGCAGUGCCAACAACCCCAACAAGUCUGAGAUCCCAGACCGCCGCAAAGACAUGACUGCCACCACGAAUAACAUCCCUGGAAGCGCCAUGACGCGCAGGAACACGUACGUGUGCACCGACCGCUCGGGCACUGACAGACAAUCUCUCCUGCAGAACGGCAAAGAAAACAGCUCCCUGAGCCACCGCCUGCCUGCAGCGUCUCCCUCCACACUCAGCAUCUCCGCCGCCGGAGCGGCCUCCUCCACUUCCUCUUCGGACCGGUGCCGUCUGACCCGAGGCUCCACCAUCCGCAGCACCUUUCACGGGGGACAGCUGAGGGACCGCGGGACCCCGGUCUACUCGGCCCCGCCUACUUCACCCACCCUGUCCCACCAUGAAGCCAGCCCCCUGCCACACGCCCGCACCAGGGCCACCUCCAACCUCUUCACCAAGAUAACCUCCAAACUCACCCGCAGGGUCAACCUUGACCCGUCCAAGCGCCAGGGCUCAAACAAAUCAGUGUCGGGUUGUACUCUUCCACAAGGAUCAAAAACAGUUAGGUCACAAAUGAAUCUGAGGGAAUCAGGAGAUUUGCGGUCACAAGUUGCCAUCUACCUGGGUAUCAAAAAGCGUCCGAGCCCCGGGCCGUCGGACGUGGCUGGGAUCUGAGGGGGGGGGGUGAGGCGGGACCCUGCGGAGGUGGUUCUGGCUCUGCGGGAGGCGGCGCUCGGCUGUGGCUGCCAGGUCCACCACGCCGGCCCCUUCCUGCUCUCCUGCAGCCACGGGGUGGCGGGGGGCCGCGUUGCUUUCGAGGCCGAGGUGUGCCAUCUCUCCACAGGCACCUCGGAGACUUCUAACGGGGUGCGCUACACGAGACUCUGGGGGACACCGCUAGCUUUUCGGGACAUUGCC